UGUGGGAGGGCGCGCCUCUGUAGAUCACAUCCACGGAUAGAGGGAGGUGAGGAACUGGAGGAACCAGGACGAACCAGGAAGAACCAGAAGAAACAAUGGGCGUCAAGCUGUACUACACCACUGUUACUGCCUCACGGAAGGUUAAGUCUGAGCAGGCGGAUGUGAUCCGGAUCCUGGAUAGUAAAAGCAUCAAGUACGAGCUCAUCGACAUCUCUGUGGGCGGGGAGCUGCGUGAGGAGAUGAGAAGCAAAGCAGGGGACCCAGCCGUGGGCCCUCCCCAGCUUUUUAAUGAGGACCAAUACUGCGGGAACUAUGAAAUGUUGUUGGAGGCGGUGGAAGCAGACACAGUGGAACAGUUUCUGAAGAUGGCGUGAGGAGGGUGAAGGGUAAUUCUCCAUCUUAACCCCAGCCACCGCCCCACCCAACCACUCACCCUGCGCCCUGAUGGCGACCCCUUAUCCACCAGUGUCCACCCACUUUCUAUGCCAUAACGAAGAAUGCCAAAUAUCUUGUAUUCAGCAAAUCAGAAGACACACAUUCCCCUUACUGCACCAUUAGACUCUAAAACGGUCUUAAUCUCUGUUAUUUCUACCUGUUGUUUUUUUAUAUCUGUUCUUCGUUUUGAUUCCCUUCCUGUCCGACAGACCAGUGUUAUAAAGGGCUCCUAGUCCACUAGGAUGCAAUGGGGUGUGUAGAUGUGCAGUAAUUAGGUUGACUAAUCGUGGUGUCGGCCACAUGACCGCUGGAGAUUAAACUAAUCCACUGGAUGACAACAUUCAACCCAGAAUUGUCCUGAUCCUCUGCAGACCAAACACGCAUCAUCACUCAGUCUUAAAUACUUUUAUUUAGUUUCUGUAGCCUUCAAGUUUCCAUGUUGUAUAUGACUGCACACCAUGUGCACUUCACAUGGAAGCAAAUGCAAUCAGAAGUAGCAGGGACCGAGGUGUCCUUAAACCCAAUUAGUAAUGAAUUCUAGAAGCUAAAUUAUGCUUUUUUUUCUAGGGUUGAUGCUGAUUUUUGUAUUAUUUUGGUCCAUUGGUUACCUGAUGCAGAAUGUGGUGAGAGGUGGUAAUCCAGCUUGGCCCAGUGAGGUCUUGUGCUUAAACAUAUAAGUUACUUUACUGUAACUAGCUCAUUAAAAGCCCCCUGUGGAGUUUCUUGGUUCAACAAAUCUAUGUUUAAAUUAACUGAGCACUUGCAUGAAUGCUUUCCUUUAAUGCUUGCUUGGGUGUGCCUGAUCCUUGAUGCUGGUGAGAUUGUCAUAACAACAAGAGACAAUCACAGUAUCUCGGAUUCAUCGGGUGCCUCCCUCUCUCCAGGCUCAUUUUGACAAUCGGUGUCGGGCAGGACCUGUAUUUGUGUUAUUGUGUGUUGAAUGGUUAGCUCCUUCACUUGAGUAUUUGUUUGAACACAAGAACGCAUGAUGUCACCACAUUCCAAGUAAAUGGGCGGCGUUUCAUUUGAAGCUUCCCACACCAACUAUCUAUUUGAGUGAUGUGAAACUGACAGGAGUGUGUACUGCACGACAGACAAAGAAGGGACCUAUGUGUAAAUAUACUGCUCCAUGGUGCCUGCAGAACUCCACAGGGUCCCUUUGAUAUAUGAAUGGCUAUUGGCUUUUAGUAAUAAUUGCUGACUCAGGCUGUAGUCACUAUUUAGUACAAAAAAAAAGAGUUUCAUAGGUUUAUUCUAGUGUUACACAUUCAAACCAAAACCUAGAUAGGCUAAGAAAAAAAAGUGUUUAUAAAAAAAAAAAGUGAGAUUUGGGGACUGAACACUUGGAUAUGUUAUUAUGGUGUCCAGUGAACCGAAAAACCAAAAUCUAUAUUAGUUGUUUAACAUUUCAGUAAUAAGCUGCCCUAUAUUCACACCCAUUUGAGGAGGAUGACAAUAUAAUAUAUCUGUGAUGUGCAGAUGAUUACUCGCUGUGGGAUUAGCACUUAGCUGACAUCUUCUAUGUUUUCCAUAAUUUUACUGUAGAACUUGAAAGCUCCAUUUCACCAGUUAAGAGAUGAGCAUUGCAGAGGAAGCUUUGACUGAAAUGUGAAUUAUCUUGCUUUCAUCUACAUAGCUUUGUUCCUUCCUCUUUUUAUUUACUUUGGUUACAGUUCCACUUAAUGUUCUGGGCGUUAUGUGACUAUACACCCGAUCCCUUUCUCAUUAUGAACCGAAAUAAAGUCAAAGCUGUGUUUAGAUUCACCUGACUCCGUCUUACCAGCCUUAGGGAACACUCAUCACAUGGGAAAAAUGAAGGCUUCACCUGUCUGUGCUUUUUAUGCGUUUGUGUUUAUUCAUUUGAUUGAUCUCAUUAGAAAUAUUGUUUUUAUGUCAUUGUCGUGUCUUUUCUUUGUUAAUCGAGCACAUGUUUUUCCUUCUCUUACUCCUAAGACCUGUCAAACCCCUCCAUGUUGUCAUGAUGGUGUUGUCAAGGUUUGGGAUCCCCAGUAAUGGCAGCCUACACACAAACGUUGUGCACUGUUUUGUAAGUCGAUGGUUGUGGACGUUUGCCUGUUAUUGGUGUGUAUCCACUAUGAAUCAUGUUUUAGACAUUCCAUGUCUCUCUCUGAGCUCCUGCUUCGCUGUUGGACCAAUAUCUCUUGGCCAAAAAAAAGAACAAAUUACGGAAUAAAAUGCUGUUGUCUUCCAAGAAGAUUGUGAAAGGGAUUUAUGGGUUAAAGAAAAAUAAAUUGGAGUUGAAUCUA